AUGCAACGAUUAUCUGCCUUGGUUACCCUUGGAGUCGCCAUACUCCUCUUGUCGAAAGCGAACGCGGAGCCCCAUGGCAAUGAAUAUGAUUCAAUGAAGAUACAUGGCGCAACCGAUCCGCUCCACAAACCUUCUACGACCGGAAUUACAGUACAUGCCCACGCGCCCGGGCCAUUAAGCUAUUUCGUCUAUGGAGAGCAUUCGGGAACUAUUAUUGCCCAUAUUGUCGUGAUGGUUCUUGCUUGGGUGUUUAUUCUCCCAAUUGGCGUGAUGUUCAGCAUUGCUCGAUCUCGACUUGCACUUCCUGCCCAGUUCAUCUUUCUUAUCGUCAAUGCGCUUGGAGUAUUAGUCGGAAUUGUCUACAACGGCCAAACACCAGACUUAUACCAGAACAAUGCCCAUCAUAAGGUUGGAUGGAUUGCUACUUGCGUUGUGAUUGCCCAGUUUGUUAUGGGGCUUUUGUUUGCUUUCCCGAGACGAAAAUCGCACGGCAAAGGUGCUGCUUAUGAAAGCGUUUCCUUUAUACCAAACUUGCACUCCUUUCCACCGGAUAAUAUGGAGCACCGGCAUCAACACCGGUGGUCCAGGGAUAGUGGACAAGGCACCGAGAGGAGCUCUUCUUCACUGCACAGCCAAAGAUCCAGUUCUGCAGGACGUGGUCGUAGGCCAGUUCAAGAUGACGAAGUUGAAGAGUUUGACGAGAAACAAGCCAAAGAAAAUAAAGCCGGGUCCAUAUUUGAACGAUUCUUUCGGGGUGCUGCGCUCGAUAAAUUCCUUGCAUUUUGGAUCCCUGGCCUAUUAUCUCAGCGCUGUGUCAAUGUUUUGAGAGUAGGAUUCAUUAUCGUUGAAAGAACGAUUCUUCCUUUCGGCUUUAUUACAAUUGUCACCGGCGCGGUCACCUAUGGCGGGAUUUUGAGGGGUAACAACGUCUUUAAUGGACUUGCGCACUUUAUUAAAGGUGGCAUUUUCCUAUGGUAUGGAUUCUUGACACUAGGCAGAUGGCUUGGGUCUUUCGCCGACUUUGGGUGGGCAUGGAAUGCAAAGCCAACACGAGACUUAGUGGGCUGGAAAGCUAAUGUUCCAACUGGAGAAUUUACCGAAUCAUUUGUCAUCUUUCUUUAUGGUGCAAGCAAUGUUUUCCUGGAACAUUUAGCUGCUUGGGGUGGUGCAUGGACAGCACAAGAUCUUGAGCAUGUGUCAAUAUCGGUCAUGUUUUUUGGCGGGGGUUUGUGUGGUAUGCUUGCAGAAUCCAAAUGUGUCCGCCAUUGGAUUAAUUCUAGCAUCGUCACUGCGCCCAUUCAUCCCGACCAGAGUUCAAAAAUUGGUGAAUGGCAACCCCCCAAAACGCAAGGACUAUCCCUCAAUCCAAUGCCGGCCAUCGUGAUACUCUUGCUCGGCCUAAUGAUGAGCUCUCACCAUCAAGCAAGCAUGGUAUCUACUAUGGUUCAUGCACAAUGGGGGAUGCUUCUUGUCGGGUUCUCCCUUGCCCGCGCGAUUACUUAUGUGCUCUUGUACCUUAACCCGCCCACCUCCUUUCUCCCGUCCAGGCCCCCCUCUGAGUUGGUGGCAUCUUUCUGCCUUAUCUCUGGCGGUCUUAUCUUCAUGUUGAGCACUAAAGAUAUUAUUGACGUAAUGAUACACUACGAUUUGAACGCAAUGUUCGUCUUCACUGUCGCCAUGGGACUCACUGCCUUUGUCAUGGCAUUGGAGAUUGUUGCCAUUUCUCUCAAGGCAUGGGCGUCGAAGAGAACAUUCGUCUCAUCCUCCCAGACUUUCCGUUUUCCGGAAUAA